AUGGGCUCCCACCCGUAUGGCCUCCGAAGCAGGCUGAACACUCAAACCCCUUCCUUGCGCACGACACCAACAGCCUCUCCAGUUCUCGCCAAACCAGGCCCUGGACUUUCUCGCAAGACCCGACCUUCAGACGUGACCCUAAAACUGGAAAGGGUCAUUGGGACUACUACGAAUAGUCCCAAUGGAUUGACCUGUUGUUCAGCUACCGAUUCGUAUGCGUACUGCGCUGGAGCCGUUGCGGUGCUUGCGAAAGUCGAGUCCGAUAACAUCCCUUCACACCGAUACUUCAAAGCUCGUCCGACUGCACCCUCCUUAAACCCUCCCACGUCUCAUUAUGAAAGUUCGCCGGCAACCACACCGUCAAAGAGGAGGUCUGCGUUAUUCACCCCACGGAAGGGCCAGGAUGAUUACAAUGGAGGCUCCUUUGGUCGGGAGUGGCUGGAGGAAUCCGGUGGCGGCCAGACAUGGACUGCCAGAGAACGGAUCAAGACUGCAUCCUGCGUCUCCCUGAGUCGAGAUGGUCGUUGGCUGGCAGUGGGAGAAUCCGGGUAUAAUCCACGGGUUCUGCUGUUUUCCACCGCUGAAGAUGCCUCCUGCGACGUCCCAACCUCCAUUGUGAGCGAUCACACUCACGGCGUGCGUUGUGUCGCCUUCAGCUCCGACAUGAAAUUCCUCGCAACCCUAGGCAAUCUGAGCGACGGUUUUCUUUUUGUGUGGUCGAUCAAUGCGAAGACAGGUCAAUUGGCACUCCAUUCUGCCAAUAAAUGUACCACAAAUAUAUGUGAUAUGACGUGGUGUGGCAACAACUUAAUCACUGUGGGCACACGACAUAUUAAAAUCUGGCAAAUUAAGGACCCCUCGAAACAAUCUCCCACCCGAAGGUCUAGGUUUCGGCCAGCUGAUAUUUACCCAUCGAGCCCCGGUCCCGCGCCUCUGCAAGGACGGAACUGUCUCUUGGGAUCCAUGGUGGACUCGACUUUUACGUGUGUCGCUUCCAUCGAUGAAACUCUCGCCGUGAUCGGUACAGAGACGGGCCAUCUUUGUUUGGUGGACAUAUCCCAAAAUAUGCUCGAGUUGAAAGUGCUAAAGAAAAUGAAUUUCUCCAUCACGUCGGCUGCAUUCGUUGCGGAAACCAAUCGACUUUUGAUGGGAACAUCCCAAGGUCUUCAUUCGGAGGAUUUUGAUAGCUUAAGGAAGCUGGAAAAUCAGAUGGCCCCGAAAACUCCCCAGCGAAAGCCUUCCCGGCUGUCGUCCAUACGACGUUCGCUAGGCUUGCUUCACCAGACUGGUCGAUGUGUGAUGGCGAUUGGUACUCUAUCAGACCAUACUAUUACGCUGGACAAUGAUGGAAGUCUGCAGAUACAACGAUAUGGCAUUGACGAGCAAGACCAGUUCCAGCCGACAUUUGCGGCGCAUAACAGCGUUGUGCUAGGCGUGCAAACUCUCCCCGAGUUAGCUGCCUUGGGCCAUUUCUACACCUGGUCCAAAAAUGGUGAAAUCAAGUUCUGGAAUUCCGAUGGCGUGCUGUUAAAUCAAGAGCAUCUUGACCUCGACGAGACCGACUCAGAUGGGGAGCAUUGUGAAAACGAAUUAAGUCGAAUGAGAUACUCGGCGAAUGUGGGAUGUUUCGUCGCUGGUGAUCGGUUUGGAUUGCUGAAGCUGAUCAAAUGUCCAGACUGGCGAGUUGUGCAUACCAUCCGGGCCCAUAGCGCAGAGAUCACAGGUAUGACGGUCCAUGAUCCCGAAUCUUUGGCGGCCACGUGCAGUAGGGAUCGAAUGGUUCAACUCUUCCGGAUUGAUGGUGACCACUUUGAACUUCUACAAACAAUGGAUGACCAUGUCGGAUCCGUGAACCAGGUAUUGUUCGCCCAGCACGGAGAGAAGUUGUUUUCUUGCUCGACUGAUCGAUCCCUGAUCAUCCGUGACCGUGUAUUCAGGCAACAAGACGGUGUCCAGACUCCAGCAUAUUUGUCCACCAAGGUCUUGACACUCAAAGGCUCUCCGUUAUCGAUGACAAUCUCGGCCGAAAAUAUGCUUAUCGUAUCGACGAUGGAUCGUCGUGUCACCCAGGUUGACUUUUCAACAGGCACUUUGAUGGACUCAUUUAAGGUGGGAGAUUCUGAGAGCGAUGACACAGUCUUCCUGAACUCUAUUAUCUGCAGCUCGUCAGAGGCCACAGAUGGUUCCCCAAGGCUCCUGAUUGGAUACUGCUCCAUGGACAAAUCUAUUCGAGUUUACAACGAGAAAAAUCUCACUCUCCUCGGUCGAGAAUCGGGCCAUACGGAAGGUGUCAGCGAUAUCAAUUUCCUCGAUCAAUCUGAGGACCAAAUCACCGGUCGUCGAUGCACGAUCGUCAGUACGGGAUUGGAUGGAACCAUCAUGAUUUGGAGUGUUUCCAAGACCCUGGCGUUGACGGCUCAGGACGCUGUACCAGAACGAACUCAAGGAUUGGGCAUCUCAGCAGAGGACUCUGAGAUGGCAAUCGCCAAACCAAGUCCUGCUUCCUUACCGCCUCUAAGAAAGGUCCUGACAAAGUUGGAUGUGGCGGAACUUACGCGGGCAAGUGGGUUGGUGUCGCCGGCCUCUCCUCGAUCAUUAUCUCCAGUCCGAUUAAAGCGGAAAACAUCCAAACUUGCUCUUUCAACGACCAUGGAAGAUGUUGAAGAAACUCCAAGCAAAAUGGGUGAAGCUCCCGUGGCUAAUGGCCCAUCACCGAGCACGGAGAAAACAGAUGCUCGACGAUCUCCCUCUCCCCCCGUUCGAAUGUCAUCCAGACCUAAGAAGCAGCGAUCUAAAACAGAGUUGAGCAAGGAUCUCGAGUCUAGAAGAACAGGGGUUUUAGACCGGUCACCGUCACCACCUCCUCUACCUAUCUCUAUGCCAUCCACACCAAAACAUCGGCAGAAACCAAACAACAGUCGAUUGAGACGACCACCAUCCGUGCCUUCGGACCUACGUUCCCACGCUCUCGCCCAAGGUCGCCGUCAAAGUAUGAGCCAGGCGUCCGAUUUUGGAAGCUUGGGAAUGGCCACAGAACAAGCGUGUCGAAUGCUAAGAACGUACAAAAAGAAACUAACACAGAGCAAGGAAGCGGUGGACCUCGAUGACCUGGAGGACGAGGUUGAUGGCCUGUUGAAGAUCAUACGGGAAAGGAAGGACAGGACGCAUCAGGGGCAGUCACGAACCCAACAUCAAGAGACAGGUGCUGCGGAUCGAAGAGCGAAGGCGAAUGCUGUGACCGCGAGUGAGGUCAAUCAGCUGGCGGUUUUGCUGGAAAGGUCAAACAUGGCUGAUUCUCCAACGACAUCGACGACGACGGCGAAAUGCCAAGAGGUCUUGUCCUCAAAAGCAUGA